AUGUCCACAAUCGCCUCCCCCCGCCCCUCCUUCUCCUCCCAACGCUCCACCACCUCCACCACAACCACAACCGACCCAACCCAAAAAUCCACCCUCGACCGCGCCUCUCUCCGCCGCAACCGCGCCGCUCUCCGCGACUACUACAACCUCAGCGUGCCCUCUCCCGUCACCUCAUCCACCAACCUCGCCUCCGACUCCUCACCCCCAUCUCCCAUCUCCUCCCCCUCCGAACUCGACGCACCGGGCUUCGUACCUGAGACAUAUGUUGCGAAUGUGCUCUCCACCACCUCCCUCGAAGGCGUACUCCGCGUCUCCUCGGGACUAGUGAGUGAGAUAAGAUCUUUAGACGGCGAGAAAAAAGCCCUGGUGUAUGACAACUACUCGAAAUUGAUCGCGGCGACGGAUACGAUUAGGAGUAUGAGGGAGAAGAUGGAUCCCAUGACGCCGGGGACGAGGACGUUGGGUUUGGCGGUGGGUCAUAUUGCUGAGACGGCGAGGGGGUUGAGGGAGGGUGCUGCGAAGUCUGCCGCGGAUGGUGAUUUUGGAAGGGGAAAGGAAAGGCAGAGGGAGGUUGUGAGGUGGGUUUUGGGUGGACCGGAGAGGGUGAGGGGGUUGGUGGAUGAGGGGAAGGGCGAGGAGGCGAGGGAGGAGUGGAGGUGUGUGGAGAGGGUGUUGGAGAAGUUGGGGGAGGCGAGGGGGGUGGAGAGGGUGAGGAGGGAGGGGGUGGAGGCGUUGAGGAGAUUGGAGGGAGGUUGA